AUGGCAAAUGGUACUACACAAGUGGUGAUUCCAAAGAUAACAAAGGAGAACUAUGACAACUGGUCUAUCCAAAUGAGAGCCCUUAUAGGUGGCUUGGAUGUCAUGGACAUUGUUGAAGAUGGUUAUAAAGAAAGCCUGUCAAAAGAAGCCGAAGCAUCUAUAUCUGAUGCUCAAAGAAUGACCUUGUGGACCGGGGCGUCAUUCCUUUCAUGGCUGAUAGUUGGUGGUGGCCAAAGCAAUACCUUCAAUGGAUGGUGGAGGCAAGAUGUUGCAAUGGCAUUCUUCUUGAAGCAUGAUAACAUAGGUGUAGUUGAGAGUGGGAAGUGGACCAAUCAGAAGCAUUCGCCCAUGGAUCGCAGUGCAGAUUCUGAAAGACUGUCCCAACUGAGCAAGCUAAGUUACCUUGAUCUGAGUAGCAAUUCUUUUGACCAAUCAGUGUUAAAGCCUUUAAGGGUGCUCCAAGCUCUUAGAUAUCUAUCUCUUGAGUCAAAUGGAAUUAGCGGACAACUUUCUGACUUGGAUAUGUUAGCUUUUAGGAAUUUGGAGGUCUUAAAUUUGGGGGAUAAUCUUUUGAGUGGGAGUAUUCCUCCAAGUAUACGAGCAUUACAUUCUCUCAAGGCUUUAUCUUUAGUUGGCUCUAAGACUAUUUUUUCAGCUCGCUAUAGGCUUAAUGGCACUUUACCUCCAGAUUUGUGUGAACUAAACAAACUUCAAGAGUUGGAUCUUAGUGAUAACAAUAUCGAAGGGACCCUUCCUCAAUGUUUGAAUAAUUUGACAAAUCUUAGGCUUUUGGAUCUCUCCAAGAAUCAAUUCACGGGGAAGCUUUCUGAAUCUCUCAUUUCCAGCCUAACAGCAAUGGAGUACAUUGAUUUUAGCAACAAUUCCUUCGAGGGCUUAUUCUCAUUUAGCUCAUUUGCAAAUCAUUCCAAGCUUGAGGUUGUUCAAUUCCUCAGUUUCAAUGACAAGUUCCAGGUGGAAACUGACUUAUCAAUUGAGGUUCCCAAAUUUCAACUAAAGGUCCUUAUGUUAUCAAACUGUAACCUAAAUAGACUCUCAGGUGGUCAUAUUCCAAAAUUCCUUUUGUUCCAAUACAAGUUAAUAAGCAUCGAUCUUUCCCACAAUAACUUGACAGGACAUUUUCCCAAGUUCUUGCUAGAAAACAAUCCAGGACUAGACUACCUAUUUCUUAGGAACAACUCUUUGGUGGGUCAAUUUCGUUUGCCACUGACAGCUUGCUUCCAUAUUGAUGUCUCAGACAAUAAGUUGGUCGGUGAAAUUCAGUCAAACAUAGGGGAGAUGCUGCCGCAAACAAAACGUAUAAACAUAUCCAGAAAUGCUUUUGGAGGACGUGUUCCAUCCUCGAUUAGCAACAUCAGUGGGAUUUGGCAAUUGGACAUGUCCUUCAACAAAUUUUCCGGAGAGGUACCAAAAGAAUUGCUUGCAGCUUGCACCCAAUUGGAGUUUUUGCAUUUGUCUCACAAUAGAUUUCAUGGUCAUAUAUUUUCAAAACACUUCAAUAUGAGCAGUUUAACUCUUCUGCAUCUGGACCAUAACUACUUCUCUGGAACUCUAAGCAAUUUAACAAAUUUGUAUUUUUUAUCAGUUUUAGAUAUUAGCAACAAUUACCUGUCUGGUCAGAUUCCUCAUUUGAUGGGCAAUGGGUUCUCGUUGCUUGUACUCAACAUGCAGAAUAAUCUAUUCAGUGGUCAAUUUUCAUGUGAAAAUAUUCCUUAUGAAUAUUUAGACAUUUCUUAUAAUGAUCUUUCGGGAACUUUACCUUCAUGUUCAAUGGUUCAACGUUUGCGAUACUUGCAUUUAGAAGGGAAUAGAUUUGGAGGAUCAAUACCAGAAGCUUUUCUGAAUUUUUCAGGAAUAUCAUCACUAAACAUUAGGUAUAACAGUUUAUUUGGAAAGAUUCCAAGUGUGAUUGGAUCGCUUUCUAGAUUAAAAGUCCUUUUGUUGAGUGGAAACCAUUUGAGUGGACUAAUGCCAAAUGAGUUGUGUCAAUUAAGUGAAAUAAGCAUGAUGGAUCUCUCCAAUAACUCUCUUUCUGGGUCAAUACCCCACUGCUUUAGCAAAAUCACUUUUGGAAAUUUAGGGGCUUACAGUUCAGCUUUUCACGAAAUUUUGAAUUCAUGUGGGAUCGAUCUCCGUAUUGGGAACUUGGAGGUUUACUGAAGGGGCACAAAGUUGUUGGGGUGACAGUUCAAUAUUAUGUAUUGCAAGAAGAAGUUGGCUUUGUCACAAAAAACAUACUCAGGUCCUACAAGGGUGGGAUCCUAAAUAACAUGUCUGGAUUGGACUUGUCAUGUAACAACCUCACAGGUGAAAUCCCAUAUGAACUAGGAAAUCUAAGUUGGAUUCAUGCAAUGAACUUGUCCCACAAUCGAUUUGCCGGUCCUAUACCAAGUUCUUUCUCAAACCUACGCCAUAUAGAAAGUUUGGACCUUUCUUACAACCAUUUGAAUGGGGAAAUCCCUUCAAUACUUGUUGAUCUAGACUUCUUGGCAGUGUUCAGUGUGGUUCAUAACAAUUUAUCAGGUAGAGUUCCAGACAAGGGGCAUUUCUUGACAUUCGAAGCAAGUAGUUUCAUUGGAAAUCCAUUUCUUUGUGGGCAAAUACUGAAAAAAAACUGCAGCCCCGUUGUUGAGCCGGCACCUCACUCUCCGGAAAAAAGCGACGGGAAAUGGUAUAAAGUGGAACCAGUGACCUUCUUUGCAAGUUUUGCUGCUUCAUACAUCACAUUUUUCUUGGGGGUCAUAGUUGUUCUCUAUGUCAAUCCUACUUGGCGACGAAGGUUGUUCUAUCUAGCUGAAAAAUGGUUCUUUUCGUGCUACUACUUUGUUUAUGAUGCUAUUCGCAAGUUUGUAGCAGACAUGCGCUGAUAGUUGUUAUGUAAUUAAUUAUAAGUUUGGCUGGUAUAAGAUUAUCAAAGUCUUUUUAGGUGUGAUAGACAGACCUUAUGUAUUGUCCAAUAUAAUGUGUACUGUUAAUUGAAUUAUAAAUUAGCACGUUUGACAA